CGCUUUCGAAGAGGAAGGAGUUUGCGCGCGUUCAGCUGCCGGCAAUUGGUUUUUAUUUGACUUUGUUUGCAUUGUUUUUUACGCUUCUCGCGCCGAUUCUUGUUUUUUUUUUGUGUGUUUGUGUUUUAUGUUUGUUUUUGUGCUGAGUGAAGAGCAAAAACUACUGCAAAUGCAAAUAUUGCAGUGCAUUUAAAUACAGUUACGCGAAAUACAAAAUAACUGCAAAACGCAAAGCAAAGCAAAGCGACAAAAUUCUGUUUUCAUGUGUGCGUUUCUUGGUUUUGUCUUAUUUUUUUUGGUUGAUGUGCAAGUGAAAGCGUGUGAAAAAUUCACCUUAACGUUCGACACGCUGCGAGGCCAAAGUCAAAGCCGGAGCCAGAGCCAAAGCUAACAUCAAAACAAAAAUCAAAACAAAAAUCAAAAUCAAAGGUCUUGGCUACAUAUCUGCGGUCUCGCUCGCACUUGGAACACUUUGGCGUAUCCUGCGGUCAACCGAAACUUCCGUUAUUAACUUCCAUACGCUAUGCAACCGCAACUGUUGAGCCCGCGCAACAGUUGAUCAACAGUUUCAAACAGUACACAGAGCCCCCACGUGCAGCCGCCAUGCCAGCAGCGAGCGUCGCCAGAGAUUGAGCGCCUGACAUUGUGAGAGAUCGUGGGGCCUUUCGGAUGCCAGCCAUAGGCGUCGCAAUCAGUGGUAGCUGCCCCGCACGCACAAUGGCCACCCAUGGCACGCCCCUGACCGCCAGCUCGCUCUACCGGCCGUCGAGCGGUGCGAGUGGUGCCACGCCCAUUGCCGCAGCGGCUCAUUAUCAGCCGAAGGCAUUUGCCGCCGGCGCCGUUCAAAAUGGAGCGGAGCGCAGCCGCCUGCUGGAGCUGCUGCGAGCGCCCAACAAUCUCACCUCGCCCACACUGGAGCCCUCGUCGAAGGGUCUGCUCAAUGGACCAGGACAGAACAAUUGUUUCCUCAACUGCGCCGUUCAGGUCUUGUGGCAUUUGGAUGCCUUUCGACGUUCCUUUCGUAGUCUCAAUCAACACGUUUGCGGCGGCCAAGAUUGCAUAUUCUGCGCCCUAAAGGAACUCUUUCAGCAGCUACAAACGAGCUCCGAGCCCGCCCUGUGCCCGGAACCCCUGCGUCGCGCCUUGGCCAGCGGCCCGCUGGCCGGUCGCAGGUUUCCGCUGGGCUGCCUCGGUGAUGCUGCCGAGUGCUUUGAGCUCCUGCUGCAUCGCGUCCACUCGCACAUCUCGCCCGACGACGGCGACGCCUGCGAGUCAGCCGCAUGCAUAGCCCAUCGCCGCUUCGCCAUGCGCGUCAUCGAGCAGAGCGUUUGCAAAUGCGGCGCCAACUCCGAGCAGCUGCCCUUCACGCAGAUGGUGCACUACGUGUCCGCCUCGGCGCUGACCUCGCAGAAGAGCCUCGCCAUGCAGAACCACCAGCAGCUCAGCUUUGGCCAGCUGCUGCGUGCUGCUGGCAACAUGGGCGACAUACGCGACUGUCCGAACUCGUGUGGCGCCAAGAUUGGCAUUUGCCGUGCUCUGCUCAAUCGACCGGAUGUGGUGUCGAUCGGCAUUGUUUGGGACUCGGAGCGACCGGCUGCCGAUCAGGUGCACGCCGUCUUGAAGGCUGUGGGCACCAGCCUGCGCCUGGCCGACGUCUUCCAUCAGGUCAGCGAGCAGCGCUGGGCCCAGCAGUCGCAGCACGAGCUCGUUGGCAUCGUCUCCUACUACGGCAAGCACUACACCACCUUCUUCUUCCACACGAAGCUCAAGGUGUGGGUCUACUUCGACGACGCCAAUGUCAAGGAGGUGGGGCCCAGCUGGGAGGGCGUGGUGGACAAGUGCAGUCGCGGCCGCUAUCAGCCGCUGCUGCUGCUCUACGCCGUGCCGCAGCCGCCCAGCUCCGCUGCCGGAGCAGCUGUCAACAGCUGCGGCAUGGAGCGGCGCGCCGUCACGCCCAGCCCGGAGAAGCCCAGCCUGGGCAGCACCAGGCGUGCCAUAACGCCCACGCCGCUGAACGACUACCAGAACCUGAGCGUCAUACAGAAGAGCAUCUUCCCAGCGCCGUUGCCCGCGUCUGCUGCUCUCCCAGCGCUGGCAGCGGGCAGCGAUGAGACGGACGCCUACAUCAGUCGCAAGACCGUGGAGCAUGUGUUGAGCGCCCAGUACCAGAAUCUGAGCGUCAUCCAGGACAAGAUCGCCGCCGAUAAGGAGGGCGGCUUCCUCAACCGCAAGCCCAUCGAGGCGAUGCUCAGCGCUCAGCUGGCCCGCCGUCAGCACCUGCAGCUGCAGCGCAGCCACAGCGCGGAGUCCAGCUCCGGCCACGCCUCCAACGGCAGCUCUCCGCCCAGCGACGGCCUGACCAUCCCGGAGCACCUGAACCAGCCAAGGCGCCGCGACUCGGGCAACUGGUCGGGAGACCGCAACAGCGCCAGCUCAGCCAGCUCCACGACCCUCGACAAUCCAUAUCUCUACAUGGUGGCCAAGCGCGGCGUGGCUGCCGUGCCCCAGAGCCCGACGAGGCAUGGCCACGUGCAUGGGCUGCCCUACGAUGCGGGCUACGACUCGUUCUCGCUGAGCUCCACGGACUCGUAUCCGCCCAAGCAUGUGCUCAACCCGCAGCUGGCCAAGAUCCCGGAGACGAACGCACCGAACGCGGCUGGCCAUGUGCCGCACGGCCCGGCGCACGGCCCGGGCCUGGCCCUGUCGGGCGACUGCGAGAAGCUCUGCCACGAGGCGGACCAGCUGCUGGAGAAGUCGCGCCUGGUGGAGGAGUCGCACGAUCUGGAAACGGCGCUGGUCCUCUGCAACGCAGCCGCGGGCAGAGCCAGAGCUGCCAUGGAUGCGCCGUACAGCAAUCCGCACACGAUGACCUUCGCCCGGAUGAAGCACAACACCUGCGUGAUGCGCGCCAGGAGCCUGCACCGUCGCAUCCUCAUCGAGAAGGGCGCCGAGAGCGAGGCCAUGCCCGAGCUGAAGCACAUGCGCGAGGGCAGCAACAGCAGCGUCAAGCACAUGCGCCAGAACAGCAAGGACCGCACGCUCGAGAAGCUCGAGAAGCUGGAGAAGCUCGAGCAACUGCCGCCAACUGCCUCGGCGGCCAAGAGCAUCGAGAUCUAUGCGACGCUGCCGAAGCGCAAGAGUCCGCUCAAGGCGCUCGUCAACGCCGGCGGAGACGACAAUGCCAUCGAGUACGAGCCGCCGGCUAGCCAGGCGAAGCCGGAGCGCGAGAGUCGCUCGCUGUUCGGGCGCCGCGAUAAGGACAAGGACAAGGAGAAGGAGAAGGAGAGGGAGAAGGAGAAGCGCAGCCGCAGCGAGGAUCGCAACAAGCUGACGCGCGAAUUCUCGCUGACCGAGACGCUGCUGGUGAACGCCAAGGACACGCUGAAGAAGCACAAGGAGGACAAGGACGAGAAGAAGGAAAAGGACAAGAGCGGCAAGAAGCAGCAUAAGAUCCGACGCAAGCUCCUGAUGGGCGGACUCAUCCGGCGCAAGAAUCGCUCCAUGCCCGACCUGACCGAGGCUGUCGACGAUCCCAGCUCCUCAGCUGCGGCGGCAGCUCCUGCCGCUGCGUCCGCGCUCAGUGCGCACGCCACGCCCCUCGGCUCGGUGGACGACAGCGCCGUUGGGCUGCAUCUGCACGGCCACGCCUACAUGGGCAUGAGCGGCUACAUCUCCGAGGGCCACUUUGACUACCCCAGCAGCAGCAACAGCACCAACAGUGCCGCCUCUGCCGCAGCAGCAGCUGCUGCUGCCUCCGGCUGCUGCGCCAAUCCGAACCUGGAGCGCAGCAAACUGAUGCGCAAGAGCUUCCAUGGCAGCGGCAGGCAGCUGACCAUGGUGCCCAAGGUGGCGCCACCGCCGCCCAUGCGCACCAGCUCGGCACUAACACAACAGCAGCAGCAACAGCAACAGCAGCAGCAACAACAGCAGCAACAGCAACAGCAGCAGCAACAACAGCAGCAACAUUUUCAUCACGAGGCAAAUCUGUCGAACAUCUCAGCGAUGAGCUCGAAUGCCUCGAUAAGCGAGGACUCGUGCCAGACUAUCAUCACCACCUGUGCGCAGGUGCACUCCGAGCAGAGUCCUUUGAAGGACCUGCAGUUGCCUUGCGCCCCAGACAUGGGCAUGGCCCUGCCCCUGCCAAUGCCCCUGCCCCUGCCGCAGCUGGAGCUGCCGCCGUAUCCCAGUCCACCGCAGUCCGUUUGCCAUUCGAGGCAGGCGAGCGAGGACUUUCCGCCGCCGCCGCCAGAGAUCGACCUGGAGCCGCUCAACCAGCAGCUGAAUCACCUGCACGCCCUGGAGGCGGCCAGCAAGCAGCAGCGACAGCAGCUCGACUCCAUGGAGGGCACGACCAGCAUCCUGGCCCAGCUGCAGCAGCGACAGCACCUGCUGAAGCUGCGCAAGGAGCAGGCGACGCCGUUGCCCGAUCUGCGGAGCCGAAAGCCUGAGCCAACAUCAGCAGGAGCAGCAGCAGCAGCUGCUGCAGCAGGAGGCUCGCCCAGCAGCGUUCGCGACCUGGCGCAUCGUUUCGAGCAAACCAGCAUUGGGGGAGCGGCAGCGGGAGCAACAGCAGCGGCAGCAGCAGCAAUGGCUAACAGCAACAUGCGCUCGUACGCCUCCCAGGAGCUGCUUAGCUCUGUGCGCACGCAGAUGAACGGGCUGCCCAAUGGCAAGCCGGAGACCGAUGAAGUUGACUGUGCGCCCAUGCCACGCCAACAGCAGCAACAGCAGCAGCAGCAGCAACAGUUGCUGCUGGCCAAGCCCAAGUACGAGAUGUCGCAGUCGCAGAUCGCCGAGGAGAUUCGCGAAGUGGAGCUGCUCAACUCGAUGGUGCAGCAGACGCUCAACCAGAGCAACCUGGCGGCGCCGAAGCGCGUGAAGAAGAAGAGCGUCUCGUUCUGCGACCAGGUCAUACUCGUCGCCACAGCCGGCAAUGAGGAGGACGACGACUUCAUACCGAACCCCAUUCUGGAGCGAGUCCUGCGCACGGCCCAGCACCCCAACGAGAAGGUGAGCGCGCAGCUCAUUCAGCAGCAGCAGCAGAACAUGCUGCGCCUGCAGACAGAGGCGCAGCCACGCCUACAGCAGCAGCAGCAACAGCAACAGCAGCAGCAGCAGCAGCAACAACAGCAGCAGCAACAGCAACAAUUGCAGCAGCAGCAGCAGCAACAGUUGCAGGCAUCGCCCAUGCUGGGCAGGCCAGACAUGCAACGCUAUGUGCAGCGCCAACAGCAGCUGCUGCAGCAGCAGCAGCAACAACAGGAACUGUAUCGCCUGCAGCAACAGCAACAGCAGCAACAACAGCAACAGCAACAGUUGCUGCCACGCACCAGCAUGAGCGGUUUGUCCAAUCAGCAACAACAGCAGCAGCAGCAGCAGCUGGACAUGCAAUACAGCAGCAUGCCGCGACCUUUGCAUGCGCAAAGCUACUCUAUGCAAAUGCAGAAGCAACAACAGCAACAGCUGCAACAGCAACAACAGCAGCAGCAACUGCAACAGCAACAACAACUGAGCAUUGCCUACUUCAGCAAUGGAAAUGUUGCCGCUGAGCAGUCGCUGCCCUCGCCCUAUCAGCGCGUGCCACACCCGCAUGCCUAUCAGCAGGCCAACUUCUAUGCAGCACAGCAACAACAACAGCAGCAACAACAACAGCAGCAACAGUUGCUGAAUGGUAAGAAAAAGGUGAGCUUUGAGCCAGGCACAAAAGGUGAAUUGGACUGCCUGCCCAGUACGCCGCAGGCCCCUCCGCCGCCGGCAACGUCGCUGCAGAACGGACUGCCCGAGCCGCUCUCGAACGGCACGAAUCUCAAUGGCAUCACGGCCAUACCCACCCGCGUCUACAACAAUGCCAUCGUCAAGGCCUCGGCCAAGGCCGUCGAGUGCAAUCUGUGCCGCAAGCGCCACGUGAUUGCGCCCUCGAUCUACUGCACCAACUGCGAGUACUAUCUGCAGAUGCUAAACCAGCGCAGAUGAUGUCUGAAUGAAUCGAAUUUCGAUUCGAAGUCGAACUCGAAGUCGAACUUGAAGUCGAACUUGAACUCGAGUGCUACUGCAAUCAAAUGAAUCGAUUUGAAUUCGAGUUCGAAUCGUAGCUGUAAAUGGAAACAAGUUAUCUCAAGCAUUGCUGCCACGCCCCUCCAAAUAGCGCCCACAAUAGGCUGUUACUGUUAAGGUUUGAGUCCGUAGAGUCGUAUAUAUACAAAUAUAUAUAUAAAUAUAUAUAUAUAUAUAUAUAUACAUAUACAUAUAUAUGUAUAUAGCUUAUAGCCAAUCGUAGCUCGUAAGCAGUUGCAACAGCAGAUCGAAGCAGGCAGCAGCAGCAGCAGCAACAGUUGCAGCUAGAACUCGAACUGUUGCUGCUGCUGCUGCUGCUGUUGCGGCCAUCUAGAGUCAGGGAUGCGAUUGGGUUUGCUGCCGCGUGGAGCAGUGGCAACAGCAACAGCAGCAGCAACAGUCGCUUUUAUGCCGUCGCAUAAGAUGUCGCAACUGUUUGCCAGCCACGCCUACAAUGAAACACCUGCACGCACAUGUUCCCCCAGCACACACACAUAUAUGUCCACUUGCCCAUAUAUCUAACACGCGUCGCUCACAACGAACA